CGGUCCCGCCGUGGCAUUUCAGCUGUGAGCUGCACAGCCCUGGCCCCACACAGCCCCGUCCAUCCCAGCCCUGCCAGAGCCUCUCCUGCUCUGCCCAUCUGGGCUUAAACCGCGGCAGGACUCCCCAUGGCACCCCCCUGGCCUCAGGGGCUCUGAGCAUCCCCCACACCCAGAUCUUUGGCCUCAUCCUUUACCAUGAGAGCGGCACAUGGAGCCCAGACCCGACAAAAUGAGCCUGAUGGACAUCAACAAGAUGUUCUCCCUGCUGCAGCCGGGGGAUGACGAGGAGGACAGCGGGGAGAGCGAGGAGCUGAGCCGGGCGGUGUGCCAGGACGACCCCGAGACGCUGGCCAGGCUCCUGUCCCAGGACAGGUACAGGAGGCUCAUCAACCGCCGCAGCGGCUGGGGCGUGCCCAGCACCCCGCUGCGCCUGGCGGCCGCCCGGGGCUGCGAGCGGAGCCUGCGGCUGCUGCUGGCCCACGGCGCCCACGUGGACAGCCUGGACGUGAAGGCGCAGACCCCGCUCUUCGUGGCCGUCAGCCACGGGCACGGCGAGUGCGUGCGGCUGCUGCUGGAGGCCGGCGCCAGCCCCGCGGGCAGCGCCUACAACAACUGCUCGCCGCUGCUGCUGGCCGCCAGGGACGGCCACGCGGCCAUCGUGCGGCAGCUGCUGGAGCACGGCGCCGAGGCCAACGUGCGGGCCCGGCUGCCCGAGUGGGCGGCCAACUCUGCGGCCUGCUCGGGCCCGCUGUACCUGGCGGCCGCCUACGGGCACCUGGAGUGCUUCCGCCUGCUGCUGCUGCACGGCGCCGACCCCGACUACAACUGCACCGAGCAGAGCGUCCUGGCGCAGAUCCGCGAGCCCAAGACGCUGCUGGAGACGUGCCUGAGGCACGGCUGCCGCAGCGACUUCAUCCGCCUGCUCAUCGACUUCGGGGCCAACGUGUACCUGCCCGGCGUGCCCGCCGGCGGGGCGGCCCCGCGCAGCGAGGCGCUGGAGCUGCUGCUGCACGCCAGAGGUGACCGGGCUGCGGGCCCGGGGCUGGGACGGGCACGGCUCCGCUCCGAUUCCCUCUUCCCGACAGCCACACCCAGCUCAUCCCAAAUCCUUGCUGUCCCAAUCCCGGCUGGCCAUGAGGCGACUCCUGAAGCAGCCCGGCCGCUUGGCCACUCUUGGAGAGCUGGAGAUCCCCACAGCCCUGGCCAAAUACCUGCAGCACCAGCCGUGAUCCCAGCCUGCCCCAGGGACACCCACUCUGAGCACCUCAAUUAAAACCUGCUCCACCCUGGCAGUGAAUCCCUGAAAUCUGAGGAACCCCCGGGAAUUUGUGGUCACAAGUUCAUUUUUGCUGCCGAGGUGUCUCCAGAAAGCCGUGCCCGUGUGGAGAGGUGGGAAGGGAAGGGGGAGAGAGAACAGGAGGUAGCAGCUCCUGGUUUGUAGCAAAGCAAGGAUAGAGCGGGAUCUGGUUCCCCUGGGUUUGCCUCAGACCAUCUGUACUGAGGGAUUUUACACCUUUAGCUGAUUUUGGUUGGAGAAGGGGCUGGGAAAGAGUGUGGAGGAAUUCUUGGCUGUGAGGAAGGGAAUUGGGAGGGUGGGCAGGCCCUGGCACAGGGUGCCCAGAGCAGCUGGGGCUGCCCCUGGAUCCCUGGCAGUGCCCAAGGCCAGGCUGGACAGGGCUUGGAGCAGCCUGGGUCAGUGGAAGGUGUCCCUGCCAUGGCAGGGGUGGCACUGGAUGGGCUUUGAGGUCCCUCAUGAUUCCACUCCCCAGAGAAGUUCCCGAGUGCCUCCUCCACUUGGGAGGGACGGGGCUGGCCCCGGCCGUGUGUGCCCACGCCAGUGGGGGCAGAGCCCAGCGCUCCCAGCUGGCAGCACGGGAGGGCCUGGCAGAGUCCCAGCGUCACCACUGCUCUCCCUGCCCCGGCUCUGACCCUAAACCUCAUCUUCUCAGCCCAAAAGUGCUUCCUGUUGCGGCCGAGGGUCUUUCAUGAUGGGGCGGGGCUGGGGUUUGGAUUAAACUGUUCUGUUACUGGUAUGAAA